AUGGGUAAUUGGUUAUGGUCAAGCAAGCCGGAAAGUAGCGAUAUUGCCAAAGGAAGCAACCGUGAGGAAGAAGUAGCUGAAAUUUCUAGUUAUUCAAGAGGCCAGAAGAUUUUGCUCGAGGACACGAAACCAAGGUUCAAUACAGAGGCUCCGUCGUUGAAUGAACUCUCGAGGCAGAAGGAGCACUCAAACUUUAAACUUGCAGUUGACUCCAUUUCGAAGAAGGACUUCUCGUUCUCGAACCUGGUCAUGAUUCCAUGUUUCAGAGAUGCUGGAAUGCUGGGGUUCUCAAGUCUGUUCGUCAUAGGUUCUGCUAUGUUCUUGUACCAUAAAAAUAUAACGAAAGCUACAAAUUGGGCCUUGGGGAGUUUUGUCCUGGGGUCCAUUGUUGGUUGGGAGCAGUGCCGUAACACAAGGAGAAGGAGUUUCCAAAAUUCAGAGAGGGCAAAGCAGCUGGUACAACAGAAACAAAAACCAAUGCUGCACGAGGUGCAACACGCUGAAGAACUAAAGAAACAAUGGGCGGAGACCACGGCAGAGCAUGCUAAGAAAUGGUACAAGUUCUGGUGA